UACACGCACAGAUACACGAAUACACAGGUCCACACAUAGAGAACCGUUUACUUACCGACGAUCACCGUUCGACGUCGAACGUCUUGGUCGCGUCGCGGUCACGUGACGCGUUGUUCGCCGCACGAAAGAAAUUUCCACGCGUUCGUUCCACUUGCCGCGAGCCCUGCGUGGUGUGUCACCGGCGGCCGACAACACGCGAAUCAAACGUUGUUUCGAUGCAUUUUCUUCUACGUCGCGUGGAAUCAGCUCGUUCGGCGUGCACGCGCGGACGCCUUUUCGAUCGACGUUCGCACGUCGUCACGCGAUCGUCGUCGUGGUACGCUCAGCGGGGAAACAUUUUCCACGAUUGUCCGUUGAUCGCGCAGAUUCUUAGCGACGGUUGACACGCGUGCACCCGAGAACGGAUCUUUGAACGGACUGUGUGUGCUGUUGGACUCUCGAAGGACCGAGAGCUGCUCCUGCACGGUCUCUAGCCGUUACGGGACCGUCGCGGGAACUAUUUUGUCGACGUGGAAGAACGUCAACGGUGCUUCGAUACCACCGAGUGAUAAUCCGUUUCCCGUGCUGCUCCUCCGCUGGCCGUCUCCGGCUCAAACAAUUUUUCACCGACGCGCAGCUUAACCUUGCGCGUAUGUGUAUACACGCGCGUGCUAUGUGCCGUUCCAUUUUUUUUCCUCCUGUGACUGCUCGGUGUUGGCCGCGCGCGCGGUAUCAAAGGUGAACAGAGUCAGGUUAAAUAUCGCCCGGUAAACAACAAGAGAGCGGUCAGACGGCAAGAGAGAGAGAGAGUGUGUGUGUGUGAGAGAGAGAGAGGACCUCUCCGGGACGCGCACAAUAGAGGAGAAAUCAGCGACGGUCGUUUUUCGGUAUGCCGAUGCCAAUGGGCGCCGUUGUUGCGUCGCUAACAAACGGGGACAAUGCUAUUGGCUGACUACCAAUAAGUCAACGACGAACCUCGCCGUAUCUGCGAAUUCACAGCGGCGUCGUCUCGUGCGUUGUGGCCAGCUCGAAGGUCUUAGUCAGCAAUCUUCCAGGCCAUGCAAGGGUAGAGGACAUCGAAGCCUUGUUCGGGAACAUUGGUCAGUUGCAGUCCGUCGAGAAACUGUCUUCUCGCGACCCUAACACACAAACUGUUCUCGUUGUCUAUGAGACACCAGAGCAAGCACAGCAGGCUGUGAACCAGUUUAAUGGCCACGAGUACGAGGGUAACCCACUAAAAGUAGAAAUGUCUACGGCGGAGAGCCGACGAAGAGGCCGCAGCCAGCGCAGCGGCGUCGCUUACACCGGAGUUUCGGGUUCUGGGAGGCAAACGGAUUUCCCACUUCGUAUACUUGUACAAUCGGACAUGGUAGGCGCUAUAAUCGGUCGCCAGGGAUCUACUAUACGUCAGAUCACACAAAUGACGCGGGCACGUGUCGACGUUCACCGGAAGGAUAACGUCGGCGCUGCGGAAAAAGCCAUCACCAUCUACGGCAAUCCGGAGAAUUGCACAAAUGCUUGCAAAAAAAUACUGGAGGUCAUGCAGCAAGAGGCUAACAGCAUAAAUAACAAGAGCACCGAGAUUACUUUGAGGAUUCUCGCACACAACAACUUGAUCGGCCGAAUAAUCGGAAAAGGUGGUACUACGAUCAAGAGAAUUAUGCAAGACACAGAUACAAAGAUUACUGUUAGCAGCAUUAACGACAUUAACAAUUUCAAUGUCGAACGUAUCAUCACAGUCAAGGGUAGUAUCGAUAAUAUGAGCAAAGCUGAGUCUAUGAUCUCCAGCAAAUUGCGCCAGAGUUAUGAGAAUGACUUACAGGCGAUGACGCCUCAGAGUAUGAUGUUCCCUGGUUUGCACCCAAUGGCUAUGAUGUCCACCGCGGGUAUGGGAUACAGCUCACGUGGUCCCGCUUUAUACGGCUCCGGAUCCAUUCCUUAUCCGUACCAAGCCAGUUUGCCGACUCAGCAGGGUGUUCCUGCCGCUGACACCCAAGAGACUGUUUUUCUUUACAUUCCUAACGGUAGCGUAGGCGCUAUAAUCGGCACCAGGGGGUCACACAUCAGAAAUAUGAUUAGAUUUUCCGGGGCAAGCGUGAAAAUCGCGCCGCUCGAACAAGAAAAGCCCGUGGAGCAACAGACUGAGAGGAAAGUGACCAUCGUUGGAUCGCCGGAGUCUCAGUGGAAGGCGCAAUACUUGAUUUUCGAAAAGAUGCGAGAAGAAGGUUUUGCCUCCGGUACCGAGGAUGUCAGGCUAACGAUCGAGAUAAUGGUACCGAGUACUCAAGUUGGACGAAUCAUCGGCAAAGGCGGCCAGAACGUUAGGGAAUUGCAACGCGUUACCGGAAGUGUCAUCAAACUAUCGGAGCAGCAGUCCACGUCGCCUUCUGCCGACGAAGAGGCCACCGUCCACAUAAUUGGCCCCUUCUUCUCUGUUCAGUCGGCCCAAAGAAGAAUCCGCUCCAUAGUUCUUCAGCCAGGUGCAUCUGGAGCAGGUGCUGCGCGCGCUGGUCGUGGUAGCAGCCAGGAAGGUGGUCCUCGUACUCGAAGAGACGGUAGUGCCACGUCUCAGCAAGGUGGCACAGCAACGACACAGCAGCAGCAGCCACAGCAAUCCAGCUCAUCGCCAUCGAGCCAGCAACAACCUCAGUCUCAGUAACGUCACUGAAACAUAAUCUGACGCCGACUUACGCCUCACAGAAUCCGUUUUAUUCGGCGGGGUGGCCUCGUCGCUUUGACAUUCUCUCGUCUACAAGAGGCUACGUGCCGCUACCUCCUUCUCGCGGGGCACGUAACCUUCGAGAUUGCUCACGGAGCGGCCGAGCGAUGCGCGUAUUACAUCCAUGGAAUCUUUCCAUUGAUACACGUCAAACUGUCACGCAAUAGUAGCCGAUACUUUUCAAAACCUCAUCCAUUUGAUUCAUAUACGAACGGGGAGUCAGACAUGUGGCUACGAUCGAUGGCGUACUUCACAACCUUUUCUUCCUUUUCUUCCAUUUAAUUCGAAUGAACGCAUUGAAACCACAAUAUUUACAAUAGCAACUGAUCAUUUCACGCAAUACGUUUAUCAGAUAGAAACGACCAAAAAAAUUUCAUUGUUCAUCAAUCGCCAUCAAUUGUAAUCACCCACUGUCUCGCGUCGCGUCAUCAGUUUCUCGAGUUCCUCGCGGUUAGAAGAGUCCCACGCGACGCGAGCACCGUACGUGGAGGACCAAAUGGAGGAAACGCAUGUGUGUUCUCAAAGAAAAAUGUGGCACGCGCGAGACGAUGUGAGAGAGAGAGAGAGAGACUUUUUGUUUAGUUGUUUGAGCUGGUUAAUGUUAACCAUUCGAUUCUGCCGAUAGAGACAAUGACACGAACACAGCCGAGAAUAAUAUAGAUAGAUUCAUAGACACCCAGGUCCUCUCACCUCUUCUACGCGCGACGUGUCGCGUUUCGUCGUGAGUCCGCUCGAAUCGUGGCCGAAGCGACGGGUGACACUCGAACGAAUCGAUUUCGCAGCGUUAAAACGAAACCAUUUCGUCGAUGAAACCGGAUCUAUAGAAUACGAUGAUAAGAGAAAGAAAAUAACAAAGCAUACACAACCUUAUUACCUCAUUCAUUAACGGUUAAAGAUUUAACUAAUGAUAAUGAAAAGCGGAACGAGAGAAAGCAUAAAGAAAAACCAACUAAUCUUAUGAGAAAUGAUGAUGAAAGAAGU